AUGGGGCAGGAAAAGCAGAAGUACUUAAUAAGGUUAUUAAAGAAAAAGUCACAGGAGCAACAACAUCUCUAUUGCUUAAUAAAGGUUCUGCAUUUAAAAAACUUAGACGAGGUAACUACAAUAGAAGAAAUAACAGCAGCUAUAUGUUCGGCUUUAUCAAUUGAAAAAUGUGAAGUGGAUGUCAGAGGGCUCAGACCUGCAUAUGGAGGAAAGCAAAAUGCGACUGUAAUAAUAGCAAAAGACGAGGCAAAUAAGUUAUUACAGCUAGGUCAAAUACCAAUUGGAUGGAUGAAUUGCAAGAUGGCAGAAAGACAAAGAGAGAUCAAGUGUUAUAGAUGUUGGCAAUAUGGUCACAUUAAAUCGCAGUGUGAAGGACCGGAUAGAUCCAGUCAAUGUGUUAAGUGUAGCGAAACAGCCCAUAAAGCAGUGGAUUGUAAAAAUGAACCUCACUGUAUAAGUUGCAAUCAAGGAGGGCACCAGACGGGGAGUAAUAAGUGUCCAAAAAUAAGGCAGUUACGAAUGACAAAGCUGAGAAGUAAUAUUUCAAAUCAAGAUUAA